AUGUCUGCAUCAACUGCUUCCACUGCUUUCACAAACAACCCGUUGCCGUCAUCGAUAACGUCGAGAGGUGUUUCGUGUGUUUCAGCGCCUGAAGCGGCGAGGGAUUACGCCCUCAAACUGGAGAAGGAGUUUGACGUCUCCCCUCCCUCCCUCCCCAGAUUCGAUCUCCUGCUCUUGGGCUUCGGAGAGGACGGACACACCUGUUCCCUCUUCCCGGGACACCCCCUGCUCAAGGAAGAAAAAUUGUGGGUUGCGGGCAUCCAGGACUCCCCCAAGCCUCCCCCCUGCCGUGUGACCCUGACCCUUCCCGUCCUGAACAACGCCAAGAACGUCGUCUUCGUGACCUUGGGAGAAGGCAAAGCGGAAGCCAUCAAGGAUGUCCUGGAGGGUACCAGUAAGACGCCCGUCUUGCCUGCAGCCAUGGUGAGCCUCACGGAAGGGGAACUGCGUUGGAUCGUGGACAAAGAGGCCGCCAAGCUGCUGCUGUGAAAGUGCAGCGAAAUACCCACUCUCAUCUCUGGGGAGCUUCACUCGAACGUGUCCUUUGCUUUAGCAAUAUGUUCUACUAACCAUUGUGCCUUUUUCUUUGUUAACCACUGCGACUCAAUGUAAAAUCAAGAUCGACUCUUGAUACCCCCCGACGCAAAAAUUUUAGACAAUUGUCUAAAACCAAUUGAAAGUUUGAGAUGUAAGCAAAGAAAUGUGCAAUUAAAUAUUGAGUAGGUAAACCUUAGAAAUAACCUUUAGCAGCGUUGAAAAAAAAGAAAUAAAUUGUUACACUACUCCCUAUUAUCAGUGCUAAUUAAUGCAAGGGUGUGCACAGAUUAUCGAAAAACACAGAUAAUACGAAAAUGAUCGAGCAUGCAGAAAAGUGGGUAUUCGAAGGCUAUAUGUAAACUACAUGGUGGUAUAUGAAAUACUUCAGGUUUAAAUACGAUACUCUAUUAAUACAAAAAGUAAUAAAUUAAAAUUAAUAAUGAAAUAUGUAGUAAAAUUUGCCAUAAUUUUGAACUUUAAUUAAUUUUGAAUUUUUUUUUAAUUUAAAUUUUUGGCUGCACGGAUAAUUCCAAAACCGGAUAAUCAGGAGUACAGUGUAUUUUAGUUUUCAUUCUGAUGGCUAAUUUGCUUACUUAUCAUUUGAAUUCAAAGCCUACCUUUCCUUUAAUAUUACUGCUUGUAAAAUAUUUUAACGACCCAAUUUUCAAGAUUUAUUCCUUA